AUGGCGCCCCUGAAAACUGCCCAGCUACAGAAGGGUCGCGGGCUCGACUUGGCCAAGCCCUUCGACAAAGACACUCGAAGGAUCUUGGAAAUGACCGUCGAUGAUCUAAUCCGCAAGAGAGGCCAAGUAGACAGCAAGAUGACGAUGGCCUUGGAGCGCCACGGUCAAUCCAGCGAUGUCCAGUAUCAGCAAGAUUCUCUACUUCAGCUCUCACUCCGCGAGAAGGCCAGAGAGAAAAGGUUCAUCCGCCGUCAAACCAAAGUUCUGGAUGAGAGACAGAAGUUGCUGGACGUGGAUCCCUCGGGCGCCAGAGCCCGCGAUGUCGACCUACUCAAGAGCCUCCUGUCAAGAUUGAGAGACGAACCCAGCACCUCAAGCGAGGCACUCAAGCACCAAUCGAAAGACGGCGACCUUUCUUCCGUUGAUUGGGACACCGAAGAUUCUGAAGACGAGAACGACGAUAACCACAACGCUCUCGAUGAUGAUCUGAGUGCUAGUCCUCUUGUGCCGAACGCUAACGAAAAGCGAAAGCGCGACGAUGAUAACCCUCAGUCUUCCAAGAAGUUGAAGAACGGACAUGGUGGCAAGGAUACCCAGGCACAGGGAGAAAAAGGUCAGCAUGACAGUGAUAGCAAGCGGAAGAAGAAGCACAAAAAGUCCAAGAGCAUCUCAUUCGAUGAGACGAAGACCGAGAAGGAAGACGAUGCCCCGAAGACCAGUUCAGGCAGCAUCACACCCAAGGACGUCGAGCAUGCCGAAAACACUAGCUAUGGUGCUGAUCUCGCAAAGGGACAGAAGAAAAAGAAAAAGUCCAAGUCGGCCACAGCUCACCUUAUCGAGCAUGGAGACGAAGCUGACGUCGGUGAGACUUCAUUCAGUCACCAGAAGUCCGAGGCCCAGAAUCAUGCAUCUUCUCCGUUCACUGAGGUCAAGGCAGGGAAGGAUAAGAAGAAGCACAAGAAAUCUCGUUCCAAUGCUGCCGCUGAUAUCGGCAAAGAGGAGCAAGACCACAGUCCCGAGGAUGUCCCCACUCCUGAACUUUUCCAGGAGAAGGACACGCCUGUGCUCACUCACGGGGCCAAGAAUGACAAGAGAAAGAAGAAGCAGAAGAAGAUCAAGCAUGCAGAGUUCGCCCAUACUGUUACAGUCAUCGACGACGUCAAGGGACACGAGCAGCUCAAAGUGGCUGAAGCUAGCCCCGGAAGUGAGGGCACCAAGGACUCCGCGGCCUUCGCGAAAUACAACAAAUCCAAGAAGGAGAGGCGUAUCUCGGACAACACUAUCAUCAAGGAGAGUCAGGCCAAUGCUGAGCCAGACAAAUCGGUCCACGAUGCAACGGUCGCUGAGCCUACGAUCAUCGAGGGUAAGAAGAAAAAGAAAUUGCGAAGCAAGUCGCUCUCAAUCGCCGAGAAGGAUGACCAGGCCGCCAUGCCUGACAGGACCAAGGAUACCAAGUCCUCCAUCGAUGGUCCCCAGAAGGUGGCGUCGUCUCCCGGUACAGCUUUGAAGGGGCCUACUCGCAUCCAUCCAGCCACUCCGGACAAUCGGGGAUCUUUCGUUCGCACAGCUGGCCAUACGCCUUACAACCCCUUCUUGAGCUUUAAGCCACAUAGUGUUCAGCAUCCUGGGCCUAGCUUCGUUCCUGAGAAGUCGCCGAAAUCUGCGGGUGGCCAGGUCUGGGUUCUUGACACUACUGGAUCGCGCAAGAAGCAGAACAAGAGCCUUGAAGACGACACGAAGAGUGUGACCAUGACCAUUGGCAAGGUUGAUACUCCGCACAAGGUUGAUCAGGGCUCCCCGACGCCCCCUUCCAAGAAGGACCAGAAGAAGAGAGGAAGACCCAAGAAGGCCAAGGAGCCUCUCGUUCCUGUGAGCCCUCACCGUGCGGGUCCCGCUGCCCAGACGGCAACUCCACGUGCUCGUGCCUCCAGCGAUCUUGCUGCACUUCUGGGCAGCCCCAAGCGAGCCAAGAAGCUUCAGAAGGUGCUCAAGGAGGAUAGGGCAAUGCUCGAGCAAGAGAAGAAGAGCUGGUACGAGGCAGUGGGCUUGGAGUACAAGGACUGA